AUGGCACAACAUCAAAGCCUUGCGAAGGACCUCUUCGAGGACAUGGGUCGCAAGGUCGCCGAGGCGAGCGCGCAGGAAGAUGGCGUAGAUGGCACCAAAGUUGUCGAUGAGAUUGAGAGUCUCUGCAUGAAUUGCCAUGAAGAUGGCCUCACAAAGCUCCUUCUAACAAAAAUUCCGUUCUUUCGCGAGAUUGUCCUCAUGUCUUUCGAAUGCCCGCACUGCCACUUCAGAAAUUCUGAGAUCCAGUCUGCCGGCGAGAUCCAACAGCGUGGCGUCAAGUUCUCCCUGAAGGUGGAGACAGCCGACGAUUUGAACCGACAGAUCAUCAAGAGUGACACAGCGAUAUUCCGGGUGGAAGACAUCGACCUCGAGAUUCCACCAGGCCGAGGACAGCUGACCAACGUCGAGGGUAUCCUGUCCAUGGUCGCACAAGACUUGGAGCAAAAACAGGAUGAGAGAAAACAGGUCGUUCCAGAGGUGUAUGAGAAGAUCCAAGGCGUUAUUGAGACGAUCAAGCAGAUGGCAAGCGGGCAAAGGCUACCCUUCAAGCUCACCAUCGACGACCCGGCCGGUAACUCCUCGAUAGAACCACCAACUGUUCUCCAUGCAGGAAAGUAUGCGCGACACGAGUACCCACGGACAGCGGCACAGAAUGAAGCCCUUGGUUUAGCCGAUACUAGUGGCGAAGCUCCAGCUACGGAAAUACGUCCAGAAUAUCAUGCAACGCAAAUGUAUCCCGAGAUGCCUUCAGCAACUGCGCCUAUGGUAAACAACGUGGAUGCGGACGAUAUUGUAGAGAACCAGGUGUACUCGUUUCCUGCCAGCUGCCCAGGAUGUACCAAAUCUUGUACCACCAACAUGAAGAUGGUCAAUAUUCCUCACUUCAAACAAGUCGUCCUGAUGAGUACUGUUUGCGACCACUGUGGAUAUCGAAGUAACGAGGUGAAGACUGGGGGCGAGGUCCCUGAGAAGGGCCGUCGUAUCACAGUUGCCGUUGAUAACAAGGAGGACCUUUCGCGUGAUAUCCUCAAAGCCGAAUCAUGUGCGCUAUCAUGUCCGGAGUUGAAUCUUAGCGUUGAGCCUGGGACAUUGGGCGGCCGGUUUACUACAAUCGAAGGUCUUUUGACACAAGUCCGCGAUGAUCUGAAGUCCUCGAUCUUUGAUAGUACUGAUGGUGGAGACUCGAUGGAUACGACCUCGAAGAGCAAGUGGACUGGGUUCUUCUCUCAGCUUGACGCGGCCAUCAAUGGCGAAGUCAAGUUCACCAUCGUCUUAACAGACCCCCUCGCGAGCAGCUACAUCCAGAGUUUCACUGCACCGGAGCCUGACCCACAAAUCAAGAUGGAAGACUACGCACGUACUGCGCAAGAAGAGGAGAAUCUUGGCUUGACUGACAUGAAGACUGAGGGUUAUGAGGAGGAACAUGCCGCGACAAAUGGUGCUGCGACCAAUGGCGCAACAGCAGAGAGCGCAUAA